AUGAUGUAGAUAUAUAAUAUAUAUUAACGAUGGAAAGGUCUUUCAUACCCAACCUGAUGUUUCUUCUGGAAUGUAUGACUUAUAACUCGACUCCACUCUACACCGACAUUGAUUGGAUUAUCGGUGACAGUUUAAGAAGAUUGUUUACAAUUUGAUAACCUGGGAUAUAUAUUAAUAUUUACGUUGGAAACGUACGUGCUAAAAUAUCCGCCAAACCGUUACAAACGUUCCGUAUGCGAUAGACCCCCGUGGACUCUAUUUACAUCUGGAUUAGCUGCAAAGGAAGGUGAGAGAGGAAUAUUUAUAAGAUUUUAAAGCUAUUUUACAAUGAUAAAACCAUUGCAUAAUGUGUACGGCUAUCGAUGUAUAGUUGUGGACUAUUUUCCAUGCGGAGUGAAAAUAAGGGGUAACGGAAAGCGGGGACUGCAGGGCUCCUAUGGAUACUGAUAAAAUGUGUAUGAAUGCAUCGCCGAUGUCCAUGUCGACGAAUUGAUAUUUAAAAUGACAAAAUGAACGUGCAUGUGACGGUAGGAGAUUUACAAACUGUGCUUCAGUCUGUGAAUUGACAAAUUCGACGUCAAGUGGUGUUUUGUGGUCGAUAGGGAAAUCUUUACAUGGUGGAUUACGUGAUACAACACUUGAAGCGGAAAAUAGGUGUGUGUAAAAUGGACCGAAGUGGUUCGUGUUUGUAUAUUGGCAACGUGAAGCACUGUUAAACGUUUUCAAUAGCUAGCGAAUCUUUAUAAAUAAAAAAGACAUUCAGUGUCGACAAAGCUCCCAAAGAACGAGUGUAAUUAUGGGACGAAUCGACGAAGGAAUUUAAUUUUGUGUAAACAAUGAAUUUCGUUGUGACUCUUGCGUGGAUCGCUAGUUAAAGGUUGAGAUUACUUUGACAGAGAGAAGUUUUGAGAAGUUAUGUGUCACAGGAUUUAGUGAGAGCUGUUUGAUACUACAUGGCUGUUAUUUUGAAUGAAUUAACACUGUUUAUAGUGUAUGUGAAUUGUUAUUGACCGCGGCUUACAAACACGAGCAUUAACUUAAGAUCCGGUAUACACAUGUCAAUAAAUGUACAUUGAUUGAUUUUCGUAAACGUCGAUACCAACAAACGACUACAUUGUGAUGUGUUCUUAAAAGUAAAUAAUGGCUAGUGUUCAUCGGGCAGACGAUACAAAACUGGGAUUUAAAGAGGUGUUAUAAAGAUAACCGUCGGUAGAGAGAAUUAACAAGGCAAAAUGGCUGGUCGAACUCAUAGAUCCAUUGUAUCCACCAAGUAUGGAGACAGACCUCUGAUUGAUGUUCCACCAAUUUCGAUUCCUCAAUACGUCCCAAAACAAAAUAUUCAAAAUCCAAGAUACCAAAUGGGAAAUCUGGCAGACGACCUAAAUCUCCCGCCAAAUGCACAGCAGACAGUGACGCCGGUCUAUCCUCAACCAAAUCACGCGCAGCCGUCGUACGGGUACAGACCGUACGGAAACGUCAUACAGAAUUCAAAUGUUAUUCCUUACCAAAACUUGCCGCAAGCUCCAAAUCCAUAUCAAAAUGGCAGUGUUCCGGGCUACCAACAACCGAACCAAAAUGGCAGUGUCCCGGGCUACCAACAACCGAACCAAAAUGUGGGGAUAUCGGAUCAUGCAGGAGAAUUUCAUCAUUUUUACGGUCCACAUGGAGAACGAAUUUCAGGGCCACUUCUUAAUAUGAAUUUCGGUUCUCAAAACCAAAUGCGAUAUCCAACAAACUUUAAGCUAAAAGGUAAAUUAAAACGUGGACAUAUGACCUCCAUUGAAGUUGUGGAAUCGAACAUUUCCUACAGAGAUUUGCCAGAUGUUGUAAUAAAAGACCUCAAACGUUUGUAUGGGACACUAGAAAAAGUUGAUGUGACAAUUAUAGCGGAAAAAGGUGAAUAUCAUAUCUAUGCCACACCUAAACAAAAUGGGGUAUCCUUGGUCAAUCCGGGUUACCAAUACGACACGCGCAGCCGGGGAGGACGUCACGGAUCAAGCACGGCAGACAUUUACACGAAAAAGUACAACCAAUCUGAUGACGUACACUACAAGUUUGACCCGAAUGCCAGGACUUAUUACGUGGAUCCGCGCUCGUACUCUGUAGCGAGUGAAGGUAGACGUCCCCGUGAGUACAAAGUUACCGAGGAACCAAGACUCCCUGUGCCUAAACCGGUUAGAAGGGACUUUUAGUUAAGAUAUAAUAUCUAUAUGAAAUAUAGUGUUUAUGAAAUGUAUUUAUUUUAUCAACAUUGUCAAAUAGUAUAUGUUUAACUUCAUCGGAUCUUUUUUUCUCUCGAAAUAACUGUGAUUUAAAGUGAAAAACUAGUGUAUUGUUACAAUAUACAAAACAAUCGAAACAUAAACUAAAUCUCCAAUAAACCAUCUAGAAACGUGCAUUUAAUAGUUUUGUCAUAGGCAAUAUCCUUUUAUGAAUGUAGGCCUUUAUUUCACAUCGCUGGAGGAUAAUUCUAUUUGUGGAUUUUGUUAUUCGAGCAAAAAUAACCAAUUUUUGUAAGUACCACAUCUAGUGAACACAAAUAUGAGGCGUGGCAUAAAACCAUAUCACGAAUGAUAUAUAUAUAUAUAUAUCAAUUGCAUCUGAUUCUGAUUUCACGGAAAUGUGAUAUGGGUAAUAAACAAUUGGGUAUCAAAUAAACUAUAAAAUGUAAACCCCGUAGAUGAGUGGAGUCAGAAUGCUACUAUCAAUGAAUGGAAACUCUACAGUUGAUAAAUUGAAAUCAUCAAACUCGUAUGAACACAAAAACAUUAUUAUAAUGAUGUCGUCAUUGUAUUGCAAUGCCAAAUGCUGCCAAUUCAUUCGGAUGUUUAUUUAAUUCAAACGAUUUUUAAUGUGUAAUUUCCUGGAGGUGCAGACCGUUUACAACGUCUCGUGUAUUUUAGAGACGAUGUAAUCAGCUUACAAAUGCAGUUAGUAAACAUGAUUAUUUGUCCUAUGUAGUCACGUGCAUUCAAUAAAUAAAGCUUAAAUCAACACG